AUGAAUACCUUAUGGGAGAGAUUUGCCUUAGGGGAGGUUAGUUUGUUCAAAAUUGAAGAUGUGUCACCUUCUAGGAUAACGUUGUUCCAGUUAAGAAAGAAAAUAGUUCCCAAAAACAACCUUAUCUUCACAUCCACCCAUGUCCGAGCGCAGGAACUUUGCGUCGCAAAUAUGUCCACGGGCAUUGUUACCCCCUCAGGCUACCCUUGCAAAACCGAAACCGACCUCACCGCUGACGAUUUCGUCUUUUCGGGCCUCGGUCUCACGGGCAACACCUCGAACAUCAUCAAUGCGGCAGUGACCCCGGCAUUCGUGGCUCAAUACCCCGGAGUCAACGGGCUUGGUGUGUCCGCCGCAAGGCUAGACCUUGCGCCGGGCGGUGUAGUGCCAAUGCACACUCACCCCGGUGCCACCGAGCUUCUCUACGUCGUCCACGGUCACAUCACCGCCGGGUUCAUUUCAUCGGCGAAUAAAGUCUACUACAAGACAUUGAAGAAGGGUGAUAUCAUGGUUUUCCCACAAGGUUUGCUCCAUUUUCAGAUCAAUGCCGCCGGCCGGCGACCGUCGCUCGCCAUUGUCACGUUCACCGCCCCCAGUCCCGGCCUUCAAAUCCUCGAUUUCGCGUUGUUCGCCAAUGAUUUGCCGUCGUCUCUGUUAGAGAAAUCCACGUUUCUCGACGAUGCUCAAGUUAAGAAGCUCAAGGGUGUUCUUGGCGGAACUGGUUAAUCCAUGCAAAAGGAACCUUUUGAUCCUUCUGCUUAUUUAAUAGUGUAUUAAUUUCAUGUAUUUUCUAAUAUUUAGCUUUUUUUUUGCAUUUAUUUUU